AACAUUAGCAUAAAAUCAAAGUACGUUAAUAAAAAAAUGAAAGCGUGGAAAGAGUCUGCUAGCUUAAUAUUAGCUGCACGUCAAACACAAAGAUAUAUUCGCCCGUCUUCUACAAAAUUUCAGUAUAAUUACAAUCUACUAUGUCUAAAACGUCAUCGGAAUUCUAAGUUCUGGCCAAAUACAUAUGUAUUUCCUGGAGGAGUAAUAGAUCCAUCCGAUGCUGAUUUAAAAUGGCACAAUAUUUAUUCCGCCUUCGGUUUUAAUGACAGUAGUUUCAAAUCUUUGAGUCCAAAUGCUCCAAACCGUCCUCGAAUUUUCAAAUUUAAACCAAAUGAAUUACCAAGAGAAGUUUCAUUACGAAUUACUGCAAUUCGUGAGACUUUCGAAGAAUCUGGUAUACUUCUUUGCAAACAAUCACGAGAAGAGAUGACUGAUCUUGGUUGGGUCCAACACAUAAAAAUUUCUGAAAGUGAAUUAUAUAAUUGGCAAACAAGGGUGCACAACGAUGCCAGAGAAUUUUAUACAUUGUGCAAAAAUUUUAACUGUUAUCCAGAUAUAUGGUCUCUUUAUGAAUGGAGUAAUUGGUUAACACCAACUUAUUUUAUUGGUCGACGUUAUGAUACUGCUUUUUAUUUAGCUUGUAUUGCAAGUAUGCCUCAAACCAUUUAUGAGAUUACAGAAAUGGAAGAUGUCAAAUGGGACAUGCCCGGGAAUUUUUUAUUUUCAUCGCCUGAUGCUCUAUUUCCCCCUCCUCAACAGUACGAAAUUGCAAGAAUAGCAAAGUUCGAAAGCAUACAUAAUUUACUAGAUUUCGCAGUCGAUCGUGGUAAAAUGGGCGUGCUCUUAAAUUUACCAAUACAGGUAGAAUUACAAGAUGGAAAAGUACACGUUUUACCAGGUGAUUCGAUGUAUCCAAAUAAAGUCAAUUUACUUGACAAACAAAUUAUUGAUAGAACCGAUAUCACUAUCUCUGAAUUUCGAGACAUAUCUCCCAUAAAAAAUAGAAUGGAAUUUUUCAAUCUGCAAGUGAAAGAGCUUUAUGUUCAAAAUUUUGAUAGCGCCGAUGGCCAUUUAGCUCCCCUUCAAUUAAAAAAUGUUUCUAUUGCAGUGGCACGUAAGAAUUCUAAACUAUAAUACAUGUAUUUAAUGAUGUACAGUCCUCUUUUAAUAUACAUUCUUACUGCAUGCUAGACUGUAACUAAGAAUCACAUUUUUCUAUAUCAAAAUACUGACGAUUGUAUAUUAAUUUUUAAUAAAUAUAUAUUGAUAUUUUUCAUAAU